AUGUCUGGACGAGGUAAAGGCAAAGUAAAAUCCGCCAGUAAAGCCAAAUCCAGAUCUAGUCGUGCAGGGCUUCAAUUCCCCGUUGGUAGAAUACAUAGGGUGCUCCGUAAAGGGCACUAUGCGGAGAGAAUAGGCGCUGGUGGGUCAGUUUACCUGGCCGCAGUUCUCGAAUACUUGGCAGCAGAAGUGUUGGAGUUAGCCGGAAACGCUGCUCGUGACAAUAAGAAGUCGAGAAUUAUGCCAAGACACUUACAGCUCGCUAUAAGAAACGAUGAGGAAUUGAAUAAACUGUUGUCUGGUGUGACCAUAGCUGAAGGAGGAGUGAUACCGAAUAUUCAAGCUAUAUUACUGCCGAAGAAGUCUGGUAACACUAGCAAUAAGCCUGCUACUGGUGGAAAAGGCGGCGUAAGUCAAUCGCAGGACUAUUAG